AUGUCGGACUCGGUGCUCAAAGCGAUCUUCUAUGCGAGGUUUCACGAGGAGAAAGGUCCCACAGUCUUACACCAAGUCCCGGAAGGCAGUGUCAUCCCUCUGGCAAACGCGACUCAACAACCGCUAUUCCACUUUCCUAGCGUAUCCAACCACAUCAUUCCUCGCCGCGAAUUCUGCGAUCGUCCAUUGAGUCUGCUGGCUUCUCACCACCGCAUCAUUGGCUUUCCCGUCUGUAUCCACAAUCCGGUUUUAUAUCCACGCUCUGAUUUCAUCUUCAACUUUUGUCUCGUGGUUGAUGAAAAGGCGGAAUGGGGUGCUUAUGCUAGUGUGGUUAGUAAACUUGCUCGCUUGAUGAGGAAUUUGGAGGAGCAGGCUGGGUGGUUGAGUAAGGAGGAGCAGAGGGAAGGGUGGAUCAAGGCUGAUGAUUCGAACACGCUGAACCUCAAGUUGUUCCCUACGAGGUCACCGCCACCACCGAUACAAAUCUAUCAUGUUCCGCUGAGCACUGUUCGCUUCAGUAGCUUGCAGACCAAUACCUGGGAUCUAACUGUUCAGCGGAUCAUACCAUAUAUCGAUGGUAUCAACUCUGUGCAGAAGAUUGCCGUCUUGGCCGAUACCGAUCUUACACUCACGCGACGAGCAUUGGCCCAUUUGCUAUACUACGGCUGCAUCUUGAUGCUCAACACAUUCCACUUUGGAGCCAUCUACGCCCCAACAGCCGAGAUUGGCGUCUUUGUCGAGGACACAAAGAUGCAGGACGAGUGUAGGCGAUACAUCGUAACACCACACUCGCCCUUCGAAACCAGCAUCUCUGGCCCUUCUUCCACUACAAAAGCAACUCAAGCACCUUCUUCCUCCUUCAACCCGUCCACCAGUUUCCUCGCCAACAGAAACCACAAAAGCAGCAAUUUGAACCCUUCCUCUUCGGCCAAUACACCUCACCCGCCUUCCCGAGCAACAGUACUUCAUUUAUACGCCUCUUUACGUCAAGGUCUGCCCUUGCGUGACUGGUGUCUCGCUCACGCUGCUUCCCUGGCGUACAUUGAUAUCCGCCGCUUCAUCACUUUCGGCGUCAUCAAAGGCUUUCUCUACCGCAGCCACCGCUACGCCAUCGCCCUGCGCGCAGCAGACACCGCCGCCGACGCAGCACUGCUAUGA